AUGAUAAAGGAGGAUAAAAACAAUUCAAAUGUAAGGGAUAAUGAAAGCAAGACCACUAAGAGCUUUGAGGAUUGGCUCGGAGAAGAACUUCAAGUGAACAGGACGCUUUUAUGCUACAAAGCAUUUUAUUUCCUAUUUUUCGCUGGAUUUGGAGCGUCGUUUCCAUAUAUGGCACUGUAUUUCAAGCAGAUUGGUCUGAGCGCCAGCUCUGUUGGGAUACUGGCAGGAAUAAGGCCAAUUAUUCAAUUCAUAAGCGGGCCGUUCUGGGCAAUUUUAGCUGACCGGUUUAAGGCCAGGAAAGCAGUUUUGUUACUCUCAAUUUUUUCAUGGCUCAUCAUGACGUUGGCUCUCUUAAUUCCCACAACCCAUAAGACACAUUGCAAGGCCAUUAAGGAGAAUACUACCGAAGUUGAAUUGUCAGUGAGUCGACGGAAGCAGUUAGUCCAAUUUGGUGCUCAGAGAGAGAACACAGCAUCAACCUCCCGUGUGCGAGACAAUGUCGACAACGAAAAGAACAAUAUCAGAGUAAAUAAACAAAAUGGCGCAAAAGUACUCUUUCAUAUUUCUCCAUUUCAAACGUACUUCCUACCAAGCUCUCAUAAAGAGCCUGAUUUUGAAGUGGGCCAUCCCAACCCGAAGAUUUACGAAUUGGUUUAUGAUCAGACCGAAGUGUACCAAGUAUUUAUUUACUUAUUGAUGUUAGUUGUAGUCGGAGAGUUCCUUGAGGCGCCGACUUUCAUAAUGACCGAUGCUGCCUUGUUGCAGAAGUUAGGAGACGAAAGAAGGCAUUACGGAAAAACUCGAUUGUUUGGUUCGUUAGGUUUUGCGUUUGCUUCAUUAAUAGUUGGUGGGUUACUCGAUAGUACGGAGUACAGGUACUGUGGACGAGUUAUGAACGAUUACAGGUUGCUGUUUUAUUCAUUUGCCAUAGUCAUGGCUCUGGCAUUUGUAUUUGCAGCUUGGAUGUUUGAGUUUACCUACGAUGAAGCAGAAAAUAGUGAACACGGGGAAAACAUUGGCAGUACAAAGGAGAUCUUAACACUGUUGCUUAAAUUCCAGUAUGCAUUCUUUAUUACUAUAUCGUUUUUUCUUGGAUUCUCCAAUGGAUUAUUUUUCAACUUUCUUAACUGGUAUUUGGAAGACCUCGGAGCAAGCAAAUCAUUGAUGGGAAUUGCAACAGUUUUUCGCGCUAUUGCUCUGAUCAUUGCUUAUAUAUUCAAUGCACUUUUAUCGGAGAUAUUUGGACAUAUGCGCUUGUUCCUGUUUAGUGUGCUGGGAUAUUUUGUGUUAUUUGGAAGUUUCUCCGUCAUCCAUAAUCCUUGGUGGGCAUUGCCAUUGGAGUUCUUGGAAGGAGUUACCUACGGAACAGCCUGGUCGACUGCUGUCACUCAUUUGGCUGACGCUACGCCUCAAGCUGGUGCCGCUACAAUGCAAGGCAUCCUUCAGGGAAUUUAUUGGGGUCUUGGAGGAGGCUUGGGCGCCAUUUUUGGAGGAGUUCUUAUUGAUAAAUAUGGAGCUGUACCAUCUUUCCGUUUAGGGGCUGUUAUCUCAGCUUCGGUCUUGAUUGUCAGCGGCUGUAUUCAGGCUCGCAUUUCCCAAACAAAAGAAGAAGAACCGAAGUCAAACCGUUGUGUGGAACACGCAGUGAAAUAAACUUAACUAAAUAACUUUAUAAUCUUUAUAAUUAUCUACUGUAAAUAAC